ACUGACUGAGCCACCCAGGCGCCCCAGCUUUUUCUUUUUUUUUUAAAUGGGAUAGUAUAGAUCAGAGUACAUCACAUUUCUCAAGGGUAGGUAUUGAUUUUGGAGUGUAUUUUGGUUAUGUACACACAUCUUGAUUAGAUUAUAAAACACCUUUUUUUACUGUGGGUCACCGUCAAGAAAUCUGAAAGCUAUAGGUCAUUCAGUCACCUGGACUCCACGGAAAUGGGCUCUUAGUUCGGGGCUCAGGGCCCAUCCCAACAAACCUGUGCACUGGGGAGGGGUGGCCCCUUGUCACCCACUUCCGGUGGGUGGCAGACCUGGAAAAGGAAGUACCCGCUGCUGCGUCAGCCCUGUCCUGGGCAGCCCAUACUUAGCAGUUGCCGUUUCCAUUCCCUUUGGUCUCAUUGGAAGUGAAAAACCUUGUCCCAGCAGCUCCUGAGGCCAAAGACCCAAGCCUGCGUCUGCUCUGGGGUCUCUUGAGUUCAAGCAAUGCUACACCCUUCCAGGGAUUGCUGAAACACUGCAGUGGCCCGGAGGGGGCCGUGGAGAGUCUGAACCCUAACAGGAAGGAACAGGGUUUCUUCUGCCCAGAGACCUGGCUCAGGGCUUCCUGAGGCCAAAGUCCUGGCCAGGAUUGUACCCGGGGCCCUCCAGAGGCUCCCAAGGGCUUGUCUGCGCUUGCCUGAGGGGAGUGAAGAGUGUUGACAGCGGCUCCUGGAGGCCAGCCAGGGUCCAGAAAGCCCCGGGGCUUCCUUGCCUCCACUUGUCCAGUUAGCAAGUGCCCCAGCCCCUGCUUACCGCACCCACCCGACCCCGGGCCCCCAAGGUCAGCAAAGAGCUGCCAGUAUCCAGAGAACGGAGUGGACGAAGGAGGCCUAGGAGGAUUCCCCGGCGGGGUUGGGCCCUGCCGUAGAGGCUGUGCCUGAGGAGGGGACCCCGGAAACCGGCCUGCAGCUGGGAUGGAGGGUCUGGAAACUGCCUGCACCAGAGCCCUCCUGUGGGCCAAGGGUCUAGAAGGCCAGGGAUGAGCCGGUGCCAGAGCUGGAGGAGAGAAGGCCCAGAUGGUCCAGUGAGGAGGAGACAGGACCCAGGCUUCCCAGCCCCUGCCGCCUAAGCUGCCCCCUUCGGACGUCAUCCCACACACAUUGUUUAGACAAAGCAGUGAAGAAGAAACACAGACAUCCUGGAUCCCGAGGAGGCCAGGGCUGGGAACAGAAGGAGGUCUGUUUAUUCCUGGCAGCCCAACAUCUGACGGGCCCCACAGCCACUUGUGUCCAGGCCCCAGUCUGAACUCUCCCAGAGCCUCUGACUUCUGCCCGACCAGAGAGCGUGGGUCUGAGGGCCGGCUGCUGGAAGCCCGCGUCCUCUAGCCACCAGCUCGCUUGAGGAGGGUUUUGAGGCUGGAUGCUUUCCUCUUCCCACUUUUUGUCCCAACAGAAGUCCUGCCUCCCCGGGCCCCCUGACCCCUUGCAGGAUGGGCAGAGCUAGACCCCUCGGGUCGCCAGCCUUCAGCGCGGGUCUCCCUGCCCUUCCCCGCUGAGGGCGCAGAGGUCCCCUCGCUCCGUCUACCUGUGCUCUUGAGCAGGGAAGUCUUUCCUCCUGUCUCAUCUCUGGCAUUCUUGCUGCAGUUUGCUGCUCCCUCCCACUUCAGCCUGCUGCUUUCCAGCACCCCAAAGCCUCGCUUGAUACCAGUGAAAACGGGAGCAUCACACCUCUUGGCUCCCCAGCCUUGCACUCGCCCUUCCUCUCCUGUACCUGCCCUCCUUGCUGUCUGUGGAGCAGAAGUGCCAUCCCCUCUAGCUUUUCAUGAGCUAUCUGCCUUUCUCUACAGUUUUCUUAGCGGGGACAGGUGGCUGGAGGGAAGCAACAUGCAGAGGGCAGAAAUCCUAAAAAUGUUAACAGCUGCCUUUCACUGAGUGCCUGUGUGCCUAGUGCUCGUCCAAGUCUUCACGCAUUGGCUCGGUUAGUCUCGCCCUAGGGGAGCGCAAUAGAAGCCCCAUUCUGCAGAUGAGGAAACGGAGGCAAAGGAAUUUCAGUAAUUUGCCCAAGUUGACACAGCUAAACAACAAAAAAAAAGGAUCCCAGCCAAGAUUCUAAGAUUCAAACCCAGGCUUUCUGGGCUCACGCCUCUUAUUCAUCAUGGAGGCCUCCCAUUAAGUGUCAGACACUGGGAUAUACGCAGUCACAUAUGUUACUCCAUGAUAUUCCCCCAACAGCCCCGAGAGGUAGUUUUACUUGUUCCCCUUUUACAGGGGGGAAAAUUGAGGCCCAGAGGUUAGCUUGCCCCAUGCCACACCCCCAGAGCCAUUUUUACCUCACUGCCCAGAACUUGACUCAAGGCAGUUGAGAAAAGUGCGGAAUGACCCCCAAGUUCUAGAAGGUAAGUUUGGCUUUUAAGCCAAAAGGCCCAUCAGGUAAUAGGAUGGGAGGAUCCUCAAGCUCCAAACACCCCCAGCCCUGGCACCAUCAGACACUGCUCUUCAGAAUUAUGGAGCUGGGGGUGCUGUCAGCCAGCUGGCCACUCCAGGGGUUUAAGACUCAUCAAAUGUAAAUGUAUUCGCUGGGACAGGAAGUGGAGAGGGGGAGCCGGAACCCUGAUUAUUCAUUGAGUGGACAGCAUUUCUCCCAUUAGCUAGGCAGGCAGCAGGUGACAGGGCUCCAAGUUGGGUGACCUGAGGUAGGGGAUCUGCCACCUUGGUGGCAAGCUAUAGCUGGUGGCCGGAGAGGGGGCACAUGGGUACAGCACAGGGCGAGGGUACUGGACCAAGAUGGGAAGGCCUCCCAGCCCCUGCGGCCCAGCGUGUGCCAGGCCCCACCCCCCCAGAGGCGGGGCCAGGCUGAGCCCCACCCGCCCCAGCUCCAUCCCUCCAGAACCCAGGGCAGGGGCAGAGCCUGGGCAGCAGAGAGCCCCAGGGCCCUGCGGUCCCUGCGGAGUGGAAGCACCAUGUCCUCACCGGCCGGGACACCAGACAGCGCCAGAAGCCCUGCAGGCCUGCCUACGGCAACACCCUGACACUGAGGGGAAAGCCCAGGCUGGGCCAGGAACACCUGCCCCCAACAGCCAUGCCCGCCGACUGCUGCUCCAGGCGGCCCCCGUCCCCGGGCCCAAGAUGACACCCAACGGCACCAGGGAGGCGCCCAGCCCCGUCCCCGCGGGGGCCUUGGGGCUCUCCCUGGCCCUGGCCAGCCUCAUCGUCACUGCCAACCUGCUCCUGGCCUUGGGCAUCGCCCGGGAGCGGCAGCUGCGCCACCCGCCCGCUGGCUGCUUCUUCCUGAGCCUGCUGCUGGCCGGGCUGCUCACGGGGCUGGCGCUGCCCGCGCUGCCCGGCCUCUGGAGCCAGAGCCGCCGGAGCUACUGGCCCUGCCUCUUCCUCUACUUGGCGCCCAACUUCUCCUUCCUCUCCCUGCUCGCCAACCUCCUGCUGGUGCACGGCGAGCGCUACGCGGCCGUGCUGUGGCCCCUCCGGCCCCGCGGGAGCCCGCGGCUGGCCCUGCUCCUCACCUGGGCCGGCCCCCUGCUCUUUGCCAGCCUGCCGGCGCUGGGAUGGAACCGCUGGGCCCCCGGCACCAGCUGCAGCUCCCAGGCCGUCUUCCCCGCGCCCUACCUCUACCUCGAAGUCUACGGGCUCCUGCUGCCCGCCGUGGGGGCUGCCGCCCUUCUGUCCAUCCGCGUGCUGGCCGCCGCCCGCCGCCAGCUGAGCGACAUCCGCCGGCUGGAGCAGGCAGUGAGCCGUGGCGCGCCGUCGGCCCUGGCGCGGGCGCUCACCUGGAGGCAGGCGAGGGCGCAGGCCGGGGCCACGCUGCUCUUUGGGCUGUGUUGGGGGCCCUACGUGGUCACCCUGCUCCUCUCGGUCCUGGCCUUCGAGCAGCGCCCGCCGCUGGGGCCCGGAACUCUGUUGUCCCUCAUGUCGCUGGGCAGUGCCAGCGCAGCGGCCGUGCCCGUGGCCAUGGGGCUGGGUGACCAGCGCUACACAGGCCCCUGGAGGGCGGCCGCCCGGAGGUGCCUGCGCGCGCUGCAGAGGAGAGCCCCCGGCCCCGGCCCAGCCUACCACACCAGCAGCCAAAGCAGCAUGGACCUCGACCUGAACUGGGGCAAGGGCCUCUGCCGGCCCCUACUCGAAGCAUCUGUCCAUCUCGGCCACCGAGCCAGUCUCCUCUUGUCCCCAAGCCCCGGGAUCAGAGGCCCUGCCCUUAUGUGACCCCACCCUGACCAAAUAAACUCCUCUGGCCCAGUU